UCAACCUAAAAGUAAUUCCAGUGUAAAUUUAAUAUUUCCACCAAUAUUAGAUAAUAAUAAUGCCAAAAUUAAAUAAUUACAUUCUAAUGUCAAUUAUUGGUGAUUUGAAAGAAUUAGUUAAUGUUAGUAAUGAAAUUUAUCCAUUGAUUGGAAAUAUCGAACAUCAGUCAUGGAAAUUCCCAAAAAAAAAUUGUAGGAACAUUAACGUCCUGGAAAUUUUAGAGCUUCACAAAGGAACCGCAGGCGAAAUGUACAUCCUGCUCCUUGAGCUUGCUUACGACAGAAUUAAUUUUGUCUUGCGGCUUAUCGUUGAAUUCAUGGAUAUUUAUCAUACCUUGGAGGAUUAUACAAAAGAAAUUAAAAAUUUUAAGAGGCCUAAAUUUAUGUCAAUAGCCGCUAUCAUUCAACUCGUUUGGCAACGACUCAAAUUAUUUCCCGAGUCCAUAAAAAUUAAGUCUUCAGGAGUAAAAAAAAAUAAAAUAAAAUUUGAAAUCUUGAGUCUUUCGAGGGACGAACCACUUAGACUCUUAUGCCGUGCAUUUAUUCGAGUGGAAUGCAUAUCUAGGCGAAGAUGAAAGACAUGGACGACAAAUCGUUCACCGAGAAAAUCUCACGAGGUUCCCAGGCCGUCAGCGGUUGUUUCAAAGAUUGUCGAAGUUGUUCCCUCGCCUCGUCUACGAUUCUCGACCUGGUAAAAGAAAUCGAAAUUACGUUUCACGAAUAUAAACUCCAAUCUUUUGCUGCCAAGGAAAGGGAACUUAGCAAGUUUGGUCUCUGGGAUAAGAGCCAAUGGGCUGUAAUGAGCAAACUGGCGGAAGCAAUAAACCAGGACGUGAGGAUCAUUCUGAAUCUCGUGCAAGAUAACGCGCGAAUCAGCGAAUCGGUGAAAAGGGAUCACGAUAACACUAUGAAGAGAUUACAAGUGAAUUUGAAAAGCAAAAUAUCUGAACUUGACACAUUAAAAUUGAAAAAUGUUAAUCUUGAAGAAAAAAUACAAAAUGUUGUGUCUGAAAUGGAAAAAGUGGGAAACAAUCAACUCGAAACAGAGCAAAAAAACAUUGACUUAAUUACAGAAUUGCAGGAAACAAGAGGACAAAUGUCUAGUCUCGUAGAGUGUAAUCAAAUAAUACAGAAACAAUUAAUAGAAGUGAUUAUUACAAAAAGUUCAUUGGAAAAAACAAUUGAUACACUGAACAAUCAAUUAGAAAUUAAUAAAGAGAAAUCAAAUUUCGAGAUUCAAAAUUUACAUGAUGUUAUAAGUAAUUUACAACUGGAAAAUAUAAAUAUAAAAAGAGAAUUUGAAUGUAGAAUUGCAAAACUAGAAGAGAAAGUGUCGAGAAAAUCCUUGACUAACAGGAAUAAUCAGAAUUGCAGAUGCACAGGAAGUGUUGAAAAGUUGACAAAAACCAAUUCUAACAGUUAUUCACGAAUGAAGUCAGUCGUGAAAUCUGAGGAUAACCCUGAAGUAGACAUGACGCAGCAAUUCAAUUCAAAUCAGCAGAAAAUCAAAGAACUCACACGACAAAAUGAGAGACUAUCAAAAACAAUUGAACGACUACGUGAAUAUCGACUCUGUGAAAUUGAAAAAAAAUAAUUAACAUAACAAAUUUCAAUAUCACGAAAUUUUUAAAAUUAUGUUUUUUUGUUUUUAACAUAUAUAAAUAAUAAAGCAUAUUUCUCUCUAUUGAAUUAUAAUUAAAAAUGAAAUGUUUAAACAGUUAAAAGGAAUAAGAUCAAUAGAAUAUAAAAUGGAAGCAUGAUUCUCGAAAUUUUAAAAGAGAAAAAAGUGACUUGUUUACUUUAAACGUUUAAGUAAUUCAGCUAUCGUUCUUUAAUUAAUGCUCUUGAAGAAUAUUGUCAAUAUAAUAAGAUCUCUGAAUAUUGGAAAAAUUCAAAAAGUUUUCAGUUUCAGUAAAAUGUGCA